CUGUGGGACUUUACAUCCGUAAACAAGUUGCAGAUACACUGGACAACAAAUAGUGCUAUGGCCCUGAAUUUCUUACCACAGACCACAGAGAUUGAUCGCUAUACGAUUAAAGAUGCACACCCUUUUGAUGUGUAUAUAAAGCUGCCAUAAUUGGUGCAGUGGGUCAGUUAGACAUUGAGGUUACAAGUGUGCUAAACGCAAUCGGAUUUGUUGCAUUCGUACGAUGACUGAUAACAAUACGCUGUUUCGUGGCUUGAUGCAGAAACCAUACGAGCCCACGUUCGUGCCGAAGGUGGAUGGUAAGCUGUACUACGAUCUACCGGAUACUUACCUUACGGAUCAGUACCGCCCGUUUGGAUCAUCGAUACAGAAUCGCUUCAGUACGAACGCGGAGACGCGUGUACCGUUUCCAAACAUUACACCACCGAAUCUAUCGUUUGCGGACGUUGUAAAACGCAGAGGUGUGUUUUCGGUGUUCAAUGCUGGACAUAAACGUGCAGCAGGUCAACUCAUACAGCUGUUUCUCGAUCAACCCGAUCCGACCAGACUGAGAGCAGUGGCCGCAUACGUGCGUGAUCGCGUAAAUGCGCCCAUGUUUCAGUAUGCGCUUGCGAUCGCACUGAUUCACCGGGAGGAUACACGCGACGUUCAGAUUCCAAGCUUUUUGGAACUGUUCCCCGAUCGUUACAUCGAUCCGGGUGUAUUUCCGCUGUUGCGUGAGGAAAGCAACUUGUUGGACAUGGGUAACAGACGCGCCAUCGAUAUCCCGUCCAACUACACUGCGUCGGAUCGGGUUGACGAACAGCGGGUUGCGUACUGGCGGGAAGAUAUCGGCCUUAGUUUGCACCAUUGGCACUGGCAUCUGGUGUACCCGUCGACCGGUCCGGAUCGUGUUGUGCGGAAGGAUCGUCGGGGUGAACUGUUCUACCAUAUGCAUCAGCAGACGAUUGCACGGUAUAACAUCGAACGGUUCGCCAACGGUUUGCCGCGUACCCGUUCGUUCAGUCAGUUGCGAGAAGCCAUUCCGGAAGCUUACUUCCCGAAGAUUGUGCGCAGUUCGGAUGGGAGAGCCUACUCUUGUCGCUAUCCAAAUCAAGUGAUGAAGGACGUGAAUAGAACCGAGGAUGAAUCGACGAUUCGUUUGGCGGAUAUGGACGUUUCAAUAAAACGCAUUUUUGAAGCAAUUGAUAAUGGAGUCGCCCAAGCGACGAAUGGAGAUCGCAUUCCACUCGACAACAACAAGGGAAUCGAUAUUCUCGGUGAUAUGCUAGAGGCAAGCACCAUUUCAAUCAAUUUCAACUAUUACGGCGACUAUCAUCAGAACGGACACGUCAUGCUGGGCUACAUCCACGAUCCGGAUAAUGCGUAUCUGGAGGGCGUUGGUGUUAUGGGUGAUCUAACGACGACCAUGCGUGAUCCUUUGUUCUAUCGCUGGCAUCAGCACAUCGACGACAUUUUCGUUCGCCACAAACAGCGUCUGCCGGCGUACACGAACAACGAUCUUUCAUUUAACGAUAUUACGGUGGAUAGUUUCAAUGUACAGCUGAACAAAGCGAACGCUCCGUUGAAUAUGCUGCUAACGUUUUGGCAGAGAUCACAGUUUGAUCUCGGUACGGGGUUAGAUUUCGUGCCGGAGGGUAAUCUGUUUGUGACGUUCACCCACAUCCAACAUGCUCCGUUUAGCUAUCGGAUUCAGGCAAGCAAUAAUAGCGGCACUAUGCGACGUGGUACUGUACGUUUGUUUCUCGGACCGAAAGUGAACGAACGUGGGGAGGUGUUGCCUUUCCGCGAUCAGCGCCGUCAUAUGGUGGAGGUGGAUAAAUUCACUGUCAACUUGCGUCCGGGACAGAACUCUAUCGUUAGACGUUCGGAUCAAUCGAAUCUAACCAUCCCGUACGAACGAACGUUCCGUAAUAUAGCCGCAUCGAGUCAACCAGGCACAGAGGUGUUUCAGUUUUGUAACUGUGGAUGGCCAUCGCACAUGCUGCUACCGAAAGGAUCGCCAACCGGUCUGGAAUAUGAUUUUUUCAUUUUGAUUUCGGAUUACAACCAGGAUCGUGUUGAAGAAUUUGAUGAAAACGAAAAUUGCAACGAUGCGCACAUGUUUUGCGGUUUGCGCGAUCGUCGCUUUCCCGACGCUCGCAGCAUGGGUUACCCGUUCGAUCGUUUUACACCGAGCACCGUCGGAAGCUUGCAGGACUUUACGCGCCCGUACAGAAAUAUGGCUGUAACACCCGUUACGAUUCGUUUCACAAACACCGUAAUUGCACAAUCGUCUGUUUUUAGUCAACACAGUAUGGCGGAUAUUAAUACACGCUUUCGUGGACUGCUGCAACGUCCGUACGAACCAACGUUUGUGCCAAAAAACAAUGGUCAAUUGUACUACGAUGUACCCGACAGUUAUCUUACCGAUCAUUACCGUCCGUUCGGGGCGGCAUUGCAGAACCGUUACGGUACCAACGCGCAAACGCGCAUUCCAUUGCCGAACAUUACGGCACCGGAUCUGGCAUACGCGGAUGUAGUUAGCCGUCGGGGUGCAUUUUCCGUGUUUCAACCGGCACACCAGCGGGUGGCCAGCCAACUGAUCGAACUGUUCCUUAACCAAACCAAUCCGGAUGCGCUCAGUGCUAUAGCCGUGUACGCGCGCGAUCGUCUAAAUGGGCCACUGUUUCAGUACGCUCUCUCGGUAGCGUUGAUGCAUCGUACCGAUACGAAGGAUGUGGAGAUACCGAGCUUUUUGGAGCUGUUCCCCGACCGGUACGUUGAUCCGGCCGUUUUCCCACAGCUGCGCGAGGAAGGUACGCUGGUAGAUCAGGGCGAUCGUCGAGCGAUUGAGAUCCCGAUGAACUUUACGGCCUCGGAUAGGGUGGAUGAGCAGCGGUUAGCUUACUGGCGGGAAGAUAUUGGUGUGAAUUUACACCACUGGCAUUGGCAUCUGGUGUAUCCGGCCCGUGGACCGGAUCGUAUCGUGCGCAAGGAUCGCCGUGGCGAGCUGUUUUACUACAUGCAUCAGCAAACGAUGGCACGCUACAAUACGGAGCGUUUCGCGAAUGGUUUGCCGCGUGUUGUGGCGUUUAGGAAUUUUCGUGAAGCAAUCCCGGAAGGGUACUUUCCUAAAAUAACGCGCAGCUCUGAUGGACGCUCAUACCCGGCCCGGCAUCCCAAUGAAACGUUGAGGGAUCUUAAACGAGUUGAAGAUGGAGUCAUUGUAUCGAUCGCUGAUAUGGAACUGUGGACGACAAGAAUUUUCGAAGCGAUCGAUAAUGGGUUUGCUCAAUCGUCAACCGAUCAACGCGUUCCACUGGACAACGACAAUGGAAUAGAUCUGUUGGGAAACAUGGUUGAAGCGAGCUCCUUAUCGGUGAAUCUCCAAUACUAUGGAGAUCUCCACAACAACGGACAUAACAUUUUGGGCUACAUACACGAUCCGGACAACUCGUUCUUGGAGGGUUUCGGUGUCGUCGGCGACAAUACGACGGCAAUGCGCGAUCCGGUGUUUUAUCGCUGGCAUCAGCACAUCGACGACAUGUUCGUACGCCACAAGCAAAGGCUUCCGGCAUACACCGGACAAGAGUUGUCAUUUAACGAUGUAGCCGUGGACAAUUUUGAAAUUCAGCUCAACAAAGCGAACGCUCCUAUGAACAUACUGCUCACAUUCUGGCAAAGAUCUCAGGUAAAUCUCGGCACUGGGCUUGACUUUGGACCCGAGGGAAAUCUGUUCGCAACGUUUACGCACAUCCAGCACGCACCGUUCAGCUUCCGGAUUCGGGUGAACAAUCGUGCUGGUGAUACCAGACGCGGUACGGUUCGUAUUUUCUACGGUCCGAAAACGAAUGAACGGGGCCAAACGUUGCCGUUCCGUGACCAGCGCCGUCUGAUGGUGGAGUUGGAUAAGUUUACCGUAACGCUUAAUCCGGGUGCUAACACGAUCGUGCGACGUUCGGAUCAAUCGAGCGUUACGAUUCCGUACGAGCGAACGUUUAGGAAUGUGGCCGCAUCAUCGUUGACGCGAAACGAAGCGUUCCAGUUCUGUAACUGUGGUUGGCCGAACCAUAUGCUACUUCCGAAGGGUUCACCCGAUGGGUUAGAGUAUGACUUUUUCGUUAUGGUUUCGGACUACACGAUGGACCGUGUUGAAGAUUUCGAUGAGAAUGUUAACUGUAACGAUGCUCACUCGUUCUGUGGAUUGCGAGAUCGACGCUAUCCAGAUGCACGCAGCAUGGGUUAUCCGUUCGAUCGGUUCACGGCAGGCACGAUCGGAAGUUUGCUGGAUUUCACCAAACCUGUCGUUCAAUCUAACGCCCCGCAAAAGUGUUCGGUUCGUGUCCGUGGCAAAGCGGUUGUUAACACGAUGGCUACGAUUCGGGACAAAUUUCGUGGGCUGCUGCAGCACCCUUACGAGCCGUUGUUUUUGCCGAAAAAUCAGGGCCAACUGUUCUUCGAUCUGCCGGAGAAUUUCUUCACCGAUCGGUACCGACCGAUCGGGCAGAAUUUGAUCAACAGGUUCGGUGCGGCUGCUGCCGUGCCGGCUGGUGCGAGUGCGGACACGCCGGUGAUGAAUCGCGUCUCGAUCAAUAGUAUCCAGGAGCCGGAUCUAUCGUUUGCCGAAGCCAUCCCAAGGCGUGGUGCAUUUUCGUUGUUCAUUCCGGAGCAUCGCCGUAUCGCGGGACGUUUGAUUGAGCUGUUUCUGGAGCAACCCGACGCGGACACACUGGGAGAUGUGGCAGCAUUCGCUAGGGAUCGUCUGAAUGGGCCACUGUUCCAGUAUGCACUGUCCAGUGCGGUGUUGCAUCGUACCGAUACGGAUGAUGUACCGGUGCCAUCGUUUUUGCACCUAUUUCCCGACCAGUUUGUAGAUCCGGCUGUAUUUCCGAAGAUGCUGGAGGAAGGUCGUGCUGUACUUGAACCGAAUCGGAUGUCGGUGGAUAUUCCGAUGAACUACACGGCAUCGGAACGAAUUACGGAGCAGCGGAUGGCUUACUUCCGUGAGGAUAUUGGCGUUAAUCUGCAUCACUGGCAUUGGCAUCUGGUGUAUCCGGGUGAUGGGCCCGAUCGUGUUGUGCGGAAGGAUCGUCGGGGUGAACUGUUCUACUACAUGCAUCAGCAGAUGAUUGCCAGAUAUCAGGUCGAACGAUACAGCCAGGGAUUGGGAAAUGUGAUACAGCUGAACAACCUUCGAGCACCCGUUCCGGAACCGUACUAUCCGAAGAUCUUGCGCAGUGCGAACAAUCGUACAUAUCCGGCACGGUACGCCAAUAUGACGAUGGAAGAUGUCCAGCGUUCUGAGGAUCAGCUGCUAGUUGUGAUUUCGGAUGUGGAGCGUCAGCUGCAACGUGUUAUUGCAGCGAUCGAUGCGGGUGUAGUUGAAACGCCAAGCGGACAACUUAUACCACUCGACAACUUCCGGGGCAUUGACGUGCUGGGAGAUAUUAUUGAGAGUUCUGCAGUGUCGGUUAAUCGUAACCUUUACGGCGAUACACACAACAGUGGACACAUCUUGCUUUCCUUCAUUCAUGACCCGAGGGGUGAAUUUCUCGAGAGCUUCGGUGUGAUGGGUGACGUAACGACUGCCAUGCGCGAUCCCAUCUUCUAUCGUUGGCACACUUACGUGAACAAUCUGUUCUUGCGGCACAAGCUUCGAUUGGCUCCCUAUGUUGCAGCCGACCUUAGCAAUCCGGGCGUUAACUUGACGAGUCUCGAGACGGAACUCGACCGUCAGGGAUCGGUAAAGAAUGUGUUGCUAACGUUCUGGCAACGUUCGCAGGUCGAUUUGGGCGCUGGGUUGGAUUUCGGUCCGGAGGGUAAUGUGUUCGUUACCUUUACACAUCUGCAGCAUGCAGCCUUCAACUAUCGGCUGCAAGUUGCCUACUCUGGUAAGGCAAAACCUGCUACGGUGCGUAUCUUUUUAGCACCGAAACGCAACGAACGUGGAACGCUUCUCACGUUCGAAGAACAACGACGGCUUACCAUCGAGAUGGAUACGUUCCGGGUGAACUUGUUGCCCGGCAUUAAUAACAUCAUCCGGCGCUCGGUGAACUCAAGCGUCUCGAUCCCGUACGAGCGAACGUUCCGCAACGUGUCCCAAUCGAACGUCGGGGAUGAAACGUUCCGGUUCUGUGGCUGUGGAUGGCCAUCGCAUAUGCUGGUACCCAAGGGUGAUCCGAUCGGUGUGGAGUAUGAUCUUUUCGCUAUGCUAUCCAACCACGAUAGAGACCGGGUGAAUCCCUUAUUUGAUGAAAAAUCGGGAUGUAACGAUGCACAUUCGUUCUGCGGUUUGCAAGAUCGUACGUACCCGGAUGCACGCAACAUGGGCUUCCCGUUCGAUCGCCGCGUACCGCACACGGUUCGAUCGUUUAAUGAUUUCGUUGCACCUUAUCAAAAUAUGCGUGUCGCUACGGUGACGGUUCGUUUCACCAAUACGGUUGUCGCGCGAUUCCUGUGUCUUAUGACACGCCCCACGGAACCAUUGUUUUAUCCGAAGUACAACGGGGAAGUCUAUAUGGAUCUUCCUAGUGAGUAUCUUCCGGAACGAUAUCAGUCGAUUGCUGAUUCGAUUAGAACACGCCAUGGAUCGACUGCAAAGCAUCACAUAUCGAUCAAACCGGUAGAGUUGCCGGAUUUGAGCUACACGGCCCGUGUACCACGUCAUGGUGACUUUAACCUAUUCAAUCCCGCCCAACGGCAUACGGCGGGCCGGCUGAUAGCGGAUCUGAUUGCGCAACCUAACCCAGAAACGAUGCUCUCCGUGGCUGCUUAUGCACGCGAUCGUUUAAACCCGAUCAUGUUCCAGUACGCACUUGCCGUCGCGUUGGUACAUCGUAAGGACACAGGUACGGUACCGGUUCCAUCGUUUUUGGAAAUGUUUCCAACCCGGUUCGUCGAUCCGGCACUGUUUCCCAAGCUGCGUGAGGAAGGUUUCGUGGUGGAGCAGGGUGAACGGGUGGCGAUCGAGGUACCGCACAAUGCUACCGCAUCCGAGCUAGAUCCCGAACAACAGUUGGCUUACUUCCGUGAGGAUAUCGGCGUGAAUCUGCACCAUUGGCACUGGCAUCUGGUGUAUCCGCAAGAGGGUCCAGCGGAGGUGGUGAACAAGGAUCGCCGUGGUGAGCUGUUCUACUAUAUGCACCGCCAGAUCACGGCACGAUACAAUGUGGAACGGUUCUGCAAUCGAAUGCUACCGGCACCACCGUUGAAAAACCUCCGCGAACCCAUCCCGGAGGCAUAUUUUCCGAAGCUGAUUAACAGUGCGCUUAACAGGACGUACCCCGGAAGGGCAGCGAACAUGCUGCUGAGUCAUGUCAAUCGACCGGAAGAGGACGCAGUUACAACAAUUCUGGAACUGGAAUCAACACUUGGAAAGAUAAAGGAAGCAAUACAAUCCGGAUUUGCCCUUGCUGAGGACGGUACAAAGAUCCCACUGGAUGAAAAGAAUGGUAUCGAUGUGCUUGGAAAUCUCGUGGAAAAUUCCGAUCUUUCCGUAAACAUUCCGCACUACGGUAACUAUCAUUCGCUCGGUCACGUCCUCAUCGGGUAUAUACACGAUCCGGACAAUCUGUACCACGAAGGGCACGGUGUCAUGGGUGACUUUACAACGGCAAUGCGCGAUCCGACGUUUUACCGGUUCCAUCGCCACGUGGACGAUGUGUUCGAUAUGCACAAGCAAAAGCUUUCACCAUACAAUGAGCAGGAGCUUUCCUUUCCGGGCGUAACGAUUGUGGACGCAACGGUACAGAUAACGAGUGGUAAGGCGGCACGUAAUCGGUUGCUUACCUUCUGGCAACGGACACAGGUUGAUCUUGGUACGGGAUUAGACUUCGGUCCGCAAGGUAACGUGGUGGCAACGUUCACCCACAUUCAGCACGCACCGUUCGCGUACCAAAUAAUGGUACACAACGAAACGGUCGAACAGAAGAAGGGAACGGUACGGAUCUUCCUCGCGCCUAUUUACGAUGCGUACGGUGAACAGUUGCUGUUGAGUGAGCAACGUCGUUACGUGCUGGAGCUGGACAAAUUUGUUGUAAACUUGCAUCCGGGUGAAAAUAGGAUCAUCCGACAUUCGGAUCAAUCGAGCGUGACCAUACCGUACGAAAGAACUUUCCGGCGCAUCGAUGCAUCCAACAUGCCCGGAUCGGAAAACUUUCGGUUCUGCAAUUGCGGCUGGCCUGACCAUAUGCUGCUGCCCAAGGGUCACCCCGAUGGGCAACCGUUCGAUCUGUUUAUUAUGGUGUCUGACUACAAGGAUGAUGCAGUUAGUUCGGGUUUGAAUACGAGAGCCGACUGUAACGAUUCACACUCGUACUGUGGCUUGCGGGAUCAGCUAUUCCCUGAUCGUCGUGCUAUGGGAUUUCCCUUCGAUCGUUUGCCUGCUUCGCAGGAUUAUUUGAUGAGGGAUUUUGUUGGUCGAUUUUCCAACAUGAGUCGCACGGUUGCGGAUGUGUUAUCGAAACACAUUCUGUAUGCGCUUGUUUUAUGCUGCUUGCACAAUGCACUACAGAUGCAGAUAAAAAUGCACUAUCGCAAUUGCAGUGGUUUUCAACCGCAAAAAAACCCAGUUUUUGCAAGAGAAGUGCAUGGUAGUGAGCGAUUGCAAUUACGCCGGAUUUGCAGUUUGGAAUGGUAUAUAAAGCUUGCAAAUUUGUUCUGCCAGCAUCACAAACGGUGUGUGCGUGUCACAGUAAUCACUAGCUCACUUGUUUCUAAUCUAAACCCCGAUCGUUUCGAAAGCGUGAAAAUGUCUGACAACAGAAAGUUAUUGGCAUUGAUGCAGCGCCCGCUGGAACCAACGUUCUACCCGAAGGACAAUGGUAAAACCGUAGUCGAUCUGCCGGAAACUUAUCUUACCGAACGGUAUAAACCGAUUGGAGGAUCGCUUCAAACGCGCUUCUCAGCGGAUGCGGACACACGCAUUGCGGUCCGGGCAUCGGCCCUGCCGGACUUUGCCUUUGCUGAGGUGAUCCCACGGCGGGGCGAUUUUUCGCUCUUCAUUCCGAAACAUCGGGAAAUUGCGGGUCAGCUGAUCAAUGUGUUUAUCAGCCAACCGGAUGUGGAUACGCUGAUGAGUGCCGGAUCGUUUGCUAGGGAUCGAUUGAACCCGAUACUGUUCCAGUAUGCGCUGUCCGUCGCAAUUCAGCAUCGGCCGGAUACGAAGAAUCUUCCCAUUCCCAGCUUUCUGGAGCUGUUCCCGGACUCGUUCGUGGAUCCGACCGUAUUUCCCAAACUUCGUGAGGAAGGUGCGGUCGUUUCUCAAAAAGAUCGGAUGACGAUAAACAUUGACAUGAACUUCACUGCAUCGGAUCGAGAGGAUGAACAGCGGCUGGCUUACUUCCGCGAGGAUAUCGGUGUGAAUCUUCACCAUUGGCAUUGGCAUCUGGUCUACCCGGGCGAAGGACCCAAUAGUGUUGUGAAUAAAGAUCGUCGUGGUGAGCUGUUCUACUACAUGCAUCAGCAACUGAUCGCACGCUACAAUGUGGAGCGUUUCUGCAAUCGUCUUGCCCGUGUACGUCCACUGACCAGCUUACGGGAGGCAAUGCCUGAGGGAUACUUCCCGAAGAUUGUUAGAAGUUUCACGAAUCGUGCGUUUCCUUCUCGUCCGCAGAAUACGAUUCUGAGGGAUUUGAAUCGUAUUGAAGAAAAUGUUGUUCUUACGAUAAAUGACAUUGAGCGUUGGGGUAGUCGUAUCGCGGAAAGUAUCGAUGGUGGUUACGUUGUUGCACCGGGAGGAAAUCGAAUUCCUCUGGACGAACAGACGGGUAUCGAUGUGCUGGGUAACAUUAUGGAACCGUCGGCCCUUUCCGUGAACAGUCAGUACUAUGGAAACUAUCACGGACAUAUGCACAAUCUGAUCGCGUACAGUCACGAUCCGGAAAACCGUUUCCUGGAGGGUUAUGGUGUGGUAGGCGAGUUCCAGACGGCUAUGCGUGAUCCAGCAUUUUAUCGUCUGCAUGCCCAGGUGGACAACAUGUUCCAUCGUUACAAGCGUACGCUGCAACCGUACAACGCCAACCAGUUAGGAUACGCCGGCGUUCAGAUUCAAUCGUUCGGUGUACAGCUGAACCGAGCCAAUGCGCCGGCUAACGUGUUGCUGACGUACUGGCAACGAUCGCAGGUUAAUCUUGCUACCGGACUUGACUUUGGACCGGAAGGAAAUGUGUUUGCCGCGUUCACUCACCUCCAACACGCACCGUUCACUUAUCGGCUUACGGUUAACAACACCAGCGGUGCGGCACGCCGUGGUACAUGCCGCAUUUUCAUAGCUCCCAAGGUGGAUGAACGAAACACACCGCUGACAAUGGAUGAGCAGCGAUUGCUAAUGGUGGAGUUGGACAAGUUCCGCGUGAAUUUGACUCCAGGAACGAAUAAUCUGAUCCGCCGUUCGGAGCAAUCCAGCGUAACCAUCCCAUACGAGAGAACGUUCCGUUCGAUGGCAUUGUCUAACCUUGAUCUGCCAGAAACGGAACAGUUCCGGUUCUGUAACUGUGGCUGGCCACAUCAUCUGCUGCUUCCGAAGAGUUCGGCCGAGGGUAUGAAAUUCGAUCUGUUUGCGAUGAUCUCGAACUUUGCAGAUGAUACGGUCAAUCAGGAGUUUGAUGAGAACAUCAACUGCAAUGAUUCACACUCGUUCUGUGGCAUCCGUGAUCAACUGUAUCCGGAUAAACGACACAUGGGGUACCCGUUCGAUCGCCGGAUUCCGGUGGCAGUGCGAACAUUGACCGAUUUUACGCGACCCAACUCUAACAUGUCCAAUAUUGAGGUGAACAUUCGCUUCACCAAUACCGUGAUCGCCAGAACCUGAACAUCUUGACUUUGUCACAUUGGAAGCUUUAGCAAGCAGGUUGUCGCUAGCGAUAGUGUCAUCGUUGAAUUGGAUUUGAGAACUUGGAAGUGCAGUGGUGUAGUCUUCGAGUUUCAGUUUAAUUUUAACGCUUAAUUAAGGCUCUUGCUAUUGUUCUAAUAGGAAACUGAUAUACGAUCUUAUAACGCAUGUAUAUAAUAAAGUGCUGCAUAUGAAAAAUGUAAAAAAA